AUGCAAAGGCAGAUUGCUGGAACGCUCGACGUCCGGUUUGUUGACCGUAUCCAACAAGAUAUCCUCGAGCAUCAAAACGACACAGAAUACGACAUCUUGUACUCAACACCGGUACAUGAUUCAAAUCACGAUUUUCGUGUACAUAUUGAGGAUUUCCAAAGUCUCGAUCUUAACAACUCCGAUCAGUGGUCUCAACGUCUCCGAACCGCUUACGCCCAUAUCAACCAGCGCCACCCUCUUGGAGUGCCGUUUGUCAACUUAGCCCUCGGCUUUUUCCUAAGCGCGUCCCGGGUACAAGGAGCGUCUAUUGCAAACGUCGACCAGCGUAACAGCACCAGUGCCUUGAACGCUCGAGCUGGAAACGAUUACCGCAUUACGGUCUAUCAGAAUGGUCAAUGUACCGGCGAUGCUUUCCCCUAA